AUGUCGCGCUCACGCUCCCGGUCCAGCGCUGGCAGUGAACACGGCGACCGCCUCGAACCGCAACUCCUCCGCGCCGCCACAAACAACGACCUCACAGCACUCGAACAAAUCACCCAUCUCGCACGUCAAAAGGGCCAAUUAAAUCCCACUUUCCUCGGAAUCGGACUGGUGAAAUCGUGCGAACGAGGAUGCGUAGAAGCGACGCAAUAUUUAUUAAAAGAAGGCGCGAGUGUGGAAGUUGGCGGAAAUCGAGCGCCGCCUAUCUUUCGAGCGGUGGAGAGGAACUAUGUGCAGAUUGUGAAGUUAUUGCUUGAUGCGGGUGCAUCGCCCGAGUUCAGGGAUAGGGAAGGUCGGACGGCGUUGAUGAUGGCGGCAUGGAAGAAUCAGUGGCAUGUUCUGCAGCUUCUGAUUACGCGAGGCGCGGAUGUCAAUGCGCGGGACAAUAGGAAGCGGAAUAUAUUGCACAAUCUUGCGGCGGAUAAGCAAUGCGAUUGGGGUGACGACGUGGUUAAUUUGUUGUUGCGGACGUCGUGCGAAAUAGAUGCGAGGGACGACCUCGGUAGAACGCCGCUGCAUUGGGCUUGUACUACUGGCAAAACACAUUUCGCGAAGUUGCUUCUUUCCAGGCCACAGGGUUGCCCGACUGAUUAUAUUCAUGCGACGGAGCUUCGCAACAAGACGGCUCUGCAUCUUGCGACUGCCCAUGAUCGUGAGGACGUGGUAGAAUUGCUACUGGAAUAUGGAGCAGACGUCAAUGCGCGAAGUGAUGGAGGCUGGACCCCGUUCCAUAAUGCCUGCGACAAGGGCUGUGAGAAGAUUGUGCGUAUACUUCUUGAGGCUGGUGCAGACUUCAAUAGCCAAUUACUCAACGGAAUGACACCGCUGCAUUUGGCCGCACAAGCCGGUCAUACAGAUGUAGUUCAGUGUCUUCUCGAGCAACCAAGCUUACGCAGAAGAACGCGAGAUACUUUUGGCAGUACGCCGUUCUUACGAGCUGCUCAGUUCAAACGAAAGGAUAUUGUACAAUUACUUGCCCCAUUCAACCACGUCGAGGCGCUGUCUGCAGAUGCAGAGGGUGCUUGCAAAGGAUUCGAUGCGACAAUCGUCGAUUUUGGAAACUUUCAUAAUGAGAAUCGAGUGAAGAAGGUAUCUGUGUACGAAUUGCUAUAUGGCCGGGACCCGAAAAACCCACGAAAACAGGCUAUUACGACAUUACCGACGAAUGUAAAGGCAAGUGAAUUCCGCUGGAUACAUCUGCCUGCAAACAACAUGGCCUGGGUGGAAGCAUUGAUGACGAAAUCAUUCAUCGAAGAAGGCGCAAGUGACGUGGAAGGAUUCAAGGGCCUGGAAAAGUCCUUUGGGCAUCAGCAUCGUGGCCAACGGCCACAUUCGCAUUUCAUGAGACCACUAUGCCAGAGUACACCUCGCUCGCUGAGAGGAAACGACGAAGUCGAAAAGAAAGAAGAGCAUGCACCUCCAGAGAAAAGCCCGUUACCGCAGGUCGUCAUCAACGGUCCUGUGGUCACAAAGCCAGCCGAAUUCAGUCCUACACCUCUCAGAAAACGCGAGACAGGUCUAAGCAAAGACUCAUACUCCCAAGACGACGACAGCGUUUCCGGCCGCAAACCAAAAGCCAAACACAAAAACAGCACCAACAACAAAAGCGGAAAAGACAAUUCCAAAAACGACAAAACCAAAUCCAGCGGCCAUGGUCCGGACAAACACGCGCGUUCAGCGACGCCUCACUUAGCGAGAGACAUGAGUUUCGCGGCCAAAUGCAAUAUUUGCGUAUUCAUGCCAUACCUUCAUUUCGAGACCGCGCAGAGUCAGCAAAAGAUGCAACAAACCAUCAAACAGGCAGAGACAUUCGUAUCUGCGCCACAGCCGGGAUUGACGAGAGCGUCGACGAGGGAUGAAAUGCUGAUUCGCGCGCAUAUCAAUUCGUCAACUGCGUCGCUACAUGUGCGCAGAACGCUGGAUCAGUUCUUUUAUCCAAACAUCGACACCGAGACACGCGACGGCGACCAGGUUGUAUAUCGGUACCAAACGCGCUGGACCGAACACAAAGCCAAAGAUCCCAAAAUCUUCAUGGUCGAUCAACUCUGGAUGUGGGUGCUGGGCAAGAAUCUGAUCGUAACUAGCUUUCCGCAGCGAUGGGAGCAGCCCAAGAACGACCCUUUGAAUGUCCUAGAUGGGAUCAUCGAGGAUAUCAACUCCAAAACCCGUGAACCGGUGCGGUCGGUCUAUGAGCUCGCGACAGUCAUCACUGCUCGCUGUUCAGGCAUGUUUGAUCGACACCGCAUGGGCGACGAAGACUACCAAUUCCUCGACAUGUUCGAGUCGUGCAUCGGUACAGCCACAGACCGUGAGACGGUCCUCUUCCGCGAAUUCAACGUUGCUUCUGCGCAAGCCUCCGAAUGGCUCAAACACCACCGGCGCAUGAGACGGUCCAUUGUAGAAAAUAUAUCUGCCAAAGAAGACGAUUCGCCGAAAGGUAAAGGUGACGGUGACGGCAACAACGACAAAGAAGAUUCCCAGCCUUUAUUCGUCGACAAACUCCUCGACAUAGGCCAAGAAACAGACCUCCUAGCCGAAGCAAAAGACAUCCGCGACGAACUAAACAUGAUCCGCACCGUGCUCGAAUACCAGAAACAAGUCCUCCAGGACCUCCAAGAUGCGAUUUGCGAAAUCUACUACGACGAGAACCGAUCACAAAACGAUAUCAAGAAAAAGUUCCGCGAACAACAACGCAAUAUCGACAUGCACAACAAGGACGUAGAUCGAAUGGACAAACAGACCGAACGCAUCUACAACUCCAUUACGGAUCUGUUAGACCUCAAGCAAAAACACGCAAACGCCUUCGAAGCCCGCUUCGCGCGCGACCAAGCCGCGGGAACAGCUAGGCAGGGAAAAACGAUCAUGAUGUUCACGAUCGUGACAAUUGUGUUUCUUCCGCUGUCGUUCAUUGCAUCGUUCUUCGCCAUAAAUGUCGCCGAGUUUCCGCACGAUAAUCAAUCCGGAAAUACAAGCCUGCCGAUUUCGUAUGUGGCUCGGUAUAUAUUUGGGAUUGGGUUUUCGAUCUCUAUCCCACUGAUCUUGUUCGCGUUGUCAGUUGAUGAUAUUCGUCUCGUAAGUAGAGUGGUGAUGAGGCGGAUUCGUGAAUGGCGUUCUACCCACUCCUCCUCCUCCUCUAAGCACAACGCUCAACACAAUAGAGAUGUUUCCCACAGUACAGCCAACCAGCAGAGAAUGAUAAGCCAAGAACUCGAAAUCCAGCGCAUUCUGUGCCGCUCAAAGGCGUCUUCUACGAGACGGCUCAGUGAAGAGGAGUUGGACAACUACUUUGGGACAGGCUUGUUGCCUGUCGCCACGAGGAAUACGCAUGCUAGUAGCAGUGUUGCGGCGACAGGGAGGCCGAGGAGUUCAAUUCAUACGUAUCGGUCUAUGGGGCGUAGCAAUGGAAUUGGGAGGGAUGGGGAGAAGGGGUUUCGGUUUGGGUAG